AUGCUCCACCAGAUCCUUGGCCAGUCCAGGAAGCAUCGUCUGAGCUUGGUCCCUCUCUUCGUACCUGUUGGAGCCGGAGGUACAGGAGCAGCACUCUAUGCCUUGCGGCUGGCAGUGUUCAAUCCAGAUGUUAGUUGGGACAGAAAGAAUAAUAACCCAGAACCCUGCAACAAACUGGUUCCCAAGGAUCGAUGUAAGUUCUACUUAGUGAAUGUGGAUUAUAACAAACUGAAGAAAGGAGGUCCAGGCUUCUAA